AUGCCCCAUGGCUCCAGGUCCCUCCAAGACGCCCGCGAUGCCUUCAAAGCCUGUAAGAAUCCACAGCACUACAACCAGUGGGCCGAAACGUACAACACGGACCACGACAUGAUGGACUACAUGGCUCCAGCGCACACCGCACAGACCCUGAUGAAGCACGUCCGUCACAGUCCAGACCAGAGCCUAGUCCUGGACGUGGCCUGUGGUUCAGGACUAGUGGCCAAAAUGUUGUCCUCUCUGGGCUUCCGUCACUUCGUGGGGGUGGAUGGGAGCGCUGCAAUGUUGGAAGAGGCUCGGAAAACCACCUUGUACCAGAAUGUUUUACUGGUUCUGCUGGGGACUCAAGCUCUGCCUGUGGACGCUGAGCAGUUUGACGUGGUGACCAUCGUUGGGGCUUUGUAUCCAGGAUUUGUACCAGUGAAAGUGGUACGAGAACUGUGCCAUGCAGCCAAACCAGGAGGGUUGGUGGUGCUGACCAGAGGAAACUACCAGAGGCCGGAUCACUUCUCGUACACCCAGGACCUGCACUCGGAGCUGAGGAGCAUGGAGCAGGAGGGGCUAUGGAAGUGUCUGGAGCUCAGGCAGGUGGAGCACUACUUAUCCGACCCCCAUCAGCCACAAGGGGUCAUCCAGGGAUCCGUCUACAUCUACCAGAAAUGCUGA